CGGGCAGACCCAAGGAAAAAAAACCACGCAUCGACAACCAUUACCCUGCUUCUGGAAACCUAGCCCGAAGAAAGACGUCCAGCGAAUCUGUACACUAUAUUCAAUACAUACAAAUCACACGAAGCCGAUCCCCUCGUGACCAGCGAAAAAAAAAAAGAAAUGGCAGACUCCACCAUUCAUGAUGAUGAUGAUGCUCAAGUAAACCAAAGCGAUCAAGAUAAACAAAACCGUGCCGCAACCGUCUUACAGAAUAGAUUUAGGCAAUACCAACGGGAUAGAGAAAACGAUGGUUUAAAUUUAACAGCCUCGACCCGCUGGCACGAAGCAAUCAAAGAACAAAACUUCAAAUCUGCUCGUCGAGAUUCGCACCAUGGAGCUCGAAGUGAUUCUCACUCCCGAUGGAAGCGUGCUGGGGUCUUCACGUCAGCUUUGGUGGAUGCUGGGCCGACUUCUCCAACCGGUACCCCUGAAGCUUCGAAAGGCUCCCCGAGACCUAAAAAGACUAUGGAUACUACUUAUUGGUUGGAGAUGGUCGAUCACAAACAUCGAUAUGGCUCUAAUCUCAAGGCGUACCAUACCUUUUGGAAUACCCAAUACGAUGGCGAUCAAAACUUCUUUUACUGGUUAGACCAUGGAGAGGGUCGUGAGUUAGACCUUCAGGAUUCACCGAGGGAACGAUUAGAUUCUGAAAAGAUAACCUACUUAACGGUGGAGCAGCGAAGGAACUAUUUGGUGAAGAUUGUCAAUGGAAAAUUAGUUUGGGCCAAAGAUUCCAGGCCGGUUGACACAGCUCCAGGAAGACAUAAAGACUUGGGGAACGGACUCGGAAUAGUUGAUGCAACUCCGGAAGAAUUCGAAGCGGCCAAAGAACGAGGAGAGAUCCCAUCAACCGAUUCAGAUUCCUCACUGUCGAGUUCAGCAAGUUCGGUCCUCUCACGAGAUGCCCAUCACUACGCACAAGCAACCCCUCAGAAAUCCGGAAUUGCGGCUAAAAUCAAGUCACAUGUCGAUCCCAAAGCAAUCAUGGACAACUUGCUCAGAAAGACCUUGAAUGCCAACACUUGGAUCUUUGUCGCUGAUCAGAGUGGUAACAUGUACGUCGGCAUCAAACAAACUGGCAAAUUUCAGCAUAGCAGCUUCCUGGCUGGCAGUCAUGUGUUGGCUGCGGGAUUGUUGAAGGUUAAUCAGGGGCAAUUGACGUCCUUGAGUCCCCUCAGUGGACAUUAUCGCGCUGGUUCGGAUCAGUUUAAAGCGUUUGUCAAUAUCUUGGAGCAUGAAUGGGGAUGUGACAUGUCGAAGGUUUCGAUUUCAAAAGCCUUGUUUAUGAUCGGAGCCCUGGAGAAAUAUGCGCACUUCAACAAGAAGAAGGCGGAGAUGAAGGCGAUGAUGAAGAAGCUUUGGAAGCACAACGAUCAAAAUCCGAAAGCACAGGCGAUCAAGAAGGAGAAGGAUGAAGAUCGGCCUGCGCAGUUAGCCGCAGAGAAGGUCUCCCAUGAUCAGGAAUACUGGAAAGAAACGGUGCGAGUGAAUCGGUUGGCCAGAGUGGCUGGUGAAGAAGAGCGCGAGCGGAUCAAGAAACAGGGCGGGCUCGAAAAUGGGAAGCUACGGAAGUCUGCGAUUUUGCACAGUUUGCCUCAUGACGGCAAGAAGAAGGAAGAGAUGACGGAUGACGAGCGGGUAGAACGUGGGGCUGCUCUUAUUGCAAGGGCCAUGGCCAGACAGAGGAAACUUUGAAGCUUCUUCGACUCAUCAUUAAUCAUUACCCAUACCGACGCGUUUUUGAAUCUGUUUCAACAAGGAAACCCCUUCUGAGGGAUGCUUCGACUAUCCUUCUGUCUCAAAGUUAGAUCAAGAUGAAAUUCGGAUAUUCAGAUAUUUUGGUCGUAUUUUAUUAAAUAUUUAAUCGUUACGCGCGGACGACCUCAUCAGUCUAGUAAGUAGCACCAUUGUACCAACAUAAUAUAUUUGUUCUAGUAUCAUUUCUGCAACUGUUUCGAAUCGUUUCUAUACAUACAUUCUCUAAUCUUUAAUCAAGCAAAACUCUCAAGUUGAUUAGCAUUUGACACCGCCGAGCCUCGUCACAACCACUUUCCAAAACUCAAAAAAGAAUUUUAUCCGACAGAGAAGCAAGAUGAGUAAAGUUGCUCCAUCGCAUUUGUUUUUUGUCGUCGUGUUCCAGUCG